AUGUCAGAAAGAAUGACCGACGAAGAGGUCGCCGACCUUAUCGCCCUCUUACGCACCGAUGCAUCUAUCGACACCAAGGUCCAGCAGGUCACAGCGAUUAAGUCAAGCAUCAAACAGCAAACCGUCCCCGACUCCUGUAUACUCCCAGUAUUCGAAGCUUUGCGCGUCGCGUCGAGCUCCCAACAUGCGCUCCUUGUCAACGCCGGGUUCACGGCGCUUAACCACCUUUUCACGCGACUUGUGCGACAGGAUCCCAAGUCCCUGACGAAGGAAGGCAGCCGCACAUUGCCUCUGAUUGUUGAGAAGCUAGGGGACCAAAAGGAAAAAUUCCGCCAGCUGGCUAUGCAAGCUUUGGCGACUCUCUACAAGGUGGCGCCGGUGGAAGUCGAGCGCUCGGUGCGCAACAUUGCCAUGGUGGGCAAGAGCACAAGAGCGAAAGAAGCCAGCAUGCAUUGGCUUUUGCAGAUGCACCAGGAGAACGGACUCCAGUUUCGAGCCUACGUCCCAACUUUGAUGGAGCUGCUUGAAGAUGCCGACGGGAUGGUUCGGGAUGUGGCCAAGACGACCGUGAUUGAGCUAUUCAAGAACGCCCCCGGACCGGCCAAAUCCGAUCUCAAGAAACAGCUCAAGAAUUUCAAGAUCCGCCCGGCUAUUGAGCAGGCGAUCGUGAAGGAGCUCAACCCACCGAGUUCCGCUCCCAACGCGGCACCCGAGACCGUGGAGCCAUCCUACGUCAACACGUCGCGUGAGCUGGAGGAGAUCUUUAGAGAGAUGCACGGCUAUUUCGACGGCAAAGAGACAGAACACAACUGGAUGAGGCGAGAGGAAAGCAUGACUAGACUUCGGCGGCUCAUGGCUGGGAAUGCGGCGACUGAUUUCCAUGAUCCGUUCCUGGCCGGCCUGCGGGCCCUCCUCGACGGGAUUAUCAAGGGUGUGGUGUCACUCCGGACCAGCCUUUCCAAAGAAGCCUGCAGUUUGGUGCAAGAUACUGCCCGGGUUUACGGCCCAGCGAUGGAUCCCAUGGUGGAAAUCAUCAUGCAAACCUUCAUUAAACUCACCGCCGCGACCAAGAAGAUUGCUUCCGCCCAAGCAAACACAACCGUCGAUAUCAUCGUAUCCAAAGUAACGUACAACACUCGCAUUAUGCAGCACAUUUGGUUUGCGUGUCAGGACAAGAACGUACAACCACGGCUUUACGCCAGCGGGUGGUUGAAAACCGUUCUAAACAAGGAGGCUCACCAUAAAAAUCAUGUUGAGCACACGGGUGGCCUAGACCUGAUUGAGAAGUGCAUCAAGAAGGGCCUAGCCGAUGCCAACCCCGGCGUCAGGGAGAAGAUGCGGGCGACAUACUGGGUGUUUGCAGGCAUCUGGCCAGCCAGGGCCGAGGCAAUCAUGGACGGACUCGAUUCGACCGCGGCCAGGUUAUUGCAAAACGACCCCAACAACCCGAAGUCGCCUAAGAAGCCAGAGGGCGGGGUGCGGCCAGGCUUGGGUUUAUCGAAAAGCACAAUGGGGACCUCGAGGCCAAGCGUGCGGGAAGCCAUGAUGGCACAGAAGCGGGCCAUGACUACUGCAACUGCUACCAAGACUCUCCCGAGUCGCCCUGGGUCGGCUAUGUCGCACUUCUCUCCGGCCAAGUCAACGUCAGCAGCUACGCAUGGGACCUCUGCCACCGCCACUGUGCGAACGAGGCCGGAGUCAACGCUUUCCACAGGGGGUAUCUCCGGCGCCCCGAUGCGGCCCGGGAGGAGGCGGCCCGAGAUGGCAGCACGACCGGCCACGGCGGGACCUUACUCUGUUAGGAGCCACGAUCAGCCGUCAGCCGAACAAACGAGCCCCCCCAGCCGUCCAAGGCCGAAAGCGGUCACACCGAAGUCAAUUUCAUCCUCACCAAAACGGACAGUUCCCAAGACAGUCCGGCCAUUCCAACCCGCCAGCCCCGAGGACCCCCGGCUUCCCACACCCACCAAACUCGGGACUCCAAAGGGGCUGGGAUCUCCUCAGUCUACUCCUUCGAGAAUGGUACCGCCCGUCCUCAACCCACCCUCCAGCAGCCCGUCGAAAGCCCAUGAGGAGUUCAGCCUGGUCGUCCCUGUCCUAAAUAGCGCCGCAUCGCCUCUCGGGGGAGAACAGCCCACGGUGCCUUUAGCCAUGGACGAGGAUAUGGAAAUGAGCAUUUCCGACACGCGCAGACCGCUUGCCGAAGCGCCUCUCUUAGUACCUGAUAUCCCGCCGCAGACUUCUGCUGAUCUUCGCGAAGUUGUUGACCCGGUGGCCGCCUCGCCGCCUGUGGUGGAAGCAGCCUCCCCUACCCCACCCAGCGCGGUGCGGUCAUUGGAAGUCUACGAGGACCCCAUGACAAGAGAGCAGCAAGUGCCGUUGCCCAAGCCUAUGCUCGGCCCCGUUCUCGGGGAUCGAUCCGUCAACGAGGACGCGGCGAUUCUGCAGCAGGCCGCGCAACAGCACCAGAAGCAACAAGAGAAUGGCGAGCUCACCGGCUCUGUUCUCUCACCAGAAAAGAUCAAGCAAAAUACGCGCCUCUUGGACAGCGGUAUCUCCAAGGUUCAGCAAAGGUCCCUUGAUGUCCACGGCUUCCGCAAACUGCAAGGCAUCAUCCGCGACAGCGACACAACCAAGUCGCCCGCCGGCACCCCCCCGCUCCUCACCGACGCCAAGUUCGACGCCCUCCUCGCUGGUCUCUUCGACUACCUCGAGUCGCCUCUGGCCGCCCUGACCCCGGAAAAGACCCAGGAUGUCAAAGCCCAGGUUCUGGCCACCAUCAGGCUGCUCCUCAAGCGCAUGCGCGCGUCCUUCCAGCCGCAUAUAGCACGAGGCCUCGAGAGCCUCCUUCGCGCGCGUGCCGCGUAUGAGGGCCGCACGCAUAUCGUCAGCGGUCUGGAGCUGCUGGCGGCUGAUCUGGCUGCCCUAGGCGACGCAUCAGAGAUUGUCAUCGUCUUGUGCCGUAUGCUCAGUAGCAACCUGCCGGGCGCCAUAGACGACGACGGUCAGCACGCCGGCGAGGACAAACCCGUUGCGCCCCCAUCCACCACCCCUUCCGACCGCUCCCUCAGCAUGGGCUUGCACGUCCUCAAAGAGCUGAUGGAUGUGCGCGGGCCUGGGUUCGUGCCCACCGACAACGAGCUGGACGCGCUUGCCGGUCUUGUCGGCGCGUGCCUAGAGAGUGCUGAGUCGGCGGUGCGUAUGGAUGCGGUGCUCCUGUGCGUCGCGUUGCAUGCGCGCGUGGGCGAUGUGCGCUUCUGGGAGGCCAUUCGGGCGAGAGGUGUCAAGGAGGACCCAAAGAGCUUGAUUACGUACUAUAUUGUGCGGAAGCAGAGGGAGGUUGGCACUGUCGUGGGAUAG